CCCUCCUCUCCUCUCCAGCUGUCAGCCCUCCUGAGAAGUGGCAUGUUGUCCAGUGUCACAGCUCAGAGCGCACUCCUGCUUUUCAUCCUGUCUCCAAAAAGCGCGCAAUUUAUGCCAUAAUCAUUGAUUUACUGGGAGGGGUUCAUUUUUUCACUUUUAUUGCAAUGGCAAAAUGGUCACUUUUCUUUUUAUACUUUUUCCAAGGACUACUUCCCAUUAUCUUUGGGCAGCAGCGCACAGCUGGCCCCUGGCGGCACCGGAUUCAGUGGGAGAACAACGGGCAGGUUUACAGUUUAAUGAGCACUGGAUCAGAGUACCAGGCUCCGGUUCGGUCCAGAAGUCAUUCGAGGCUUUAUGUGAGCAGCAGGAGGGAUGGCACCGGGAGCCAAAUCCCGGGAGCGCAGACAAGAAUGACUGGACAGAGUGAAUCCAGACACUUCAGGACUGAUCAGCCAGGAUCCUUCACAUCUGUCAGACAAGUUAAUGGUCGCGCGUCAGGGGCCCGUCGGCUGCCUGAUCGCUCUUAUGGAGCAGGAGCUGCAGGAUAUCCAGGUGCGCGAAGAUUUAACCCUGAAAACACUAACGCCAUCAACGCCUCUUCAUUGAAUACUUUAACAGAUUUCCUCGGCAGAAGAGGAGCUGCUAUCAGAGGGGCUAACACGGCACUACACACCAGAGGAGGGGAUCCAGGCCCCGGAGCGCAAAACCAGCAGUUACGCGCAGCGCCAGGGGCGAUGCAUGUCUCCAGGCAACCAGCGCAGACCGAUCACUCCAUCUCAGCAUAUCCCACAACUGUAGAAACCGAAUCUGAGGCUCCAGUUCCGUUUCCUGCACUUAGUGAGGAUGGUUUAAACGAAAUAGUCAGUAAUGGAGAGAGCAUGGUUAACGACGACCCUCGAAAUCCGUUUAAAAACCACAGGAAUUCUAUUUUCUACAACAUGUAUCCCACAAGAGGAAGGUCAGUAGCCCGUCGUCCGCCUGGCGCAGGAUACGGAACAAGAUUUUUCCAAAAUGGACUGCCAGACCUCGUGCCAGACCCAUAUGCCAUCCAAGCAGGUGCUUAUAUCCAGCGCAUGCAGAUGUAUGCGCUCCGCUGUGCAGCUGAGGAGAACUGUCUGGCCAGGUCGGCUUAUGGACCUGCGGUGCGAGACAUCGACUUCAGAGUCCUCCUGCGGUUCCCACAGAAAGUGAAGAACCAAGGCACCACUGACUUCCUCCCUGUCAAGCCAAGACACCAGUGGGACUGGCACAGCUGUCACCAGCACUACCACAGCAUGGACGCCUUCAGUAACUACGACCUGCUGGAUGUCAUCACAGGACGUAAAGUGGCCGAGGGACACAAGGCCAGUUUCUGUCUGGAGGACACAGGCUGUGACCCUGGAAUCAGGCGGCGCUAUGCCUGUACAUCUCACACACAGGGACUGAGCCCAGGAUGCCAUGACAUCUAUGCUGCCAACAUUGACUGUCAGUGGAUCGACAUCACUGAUGUCCCUCCAGGAAACUACAUCCUGAAGGUUACUGUCAAUCCCAACCUCCAUGUUCUGGAGUCAGACUUUACCAACAACAUAGUGAGAUGUGAUAUCACCUACACAGGAAUCUAUGUUCAGACACGCAACUGUCGAGUAACAAGAGGUUGAACCAUUUCCUGUAAUAUCUGCAGGAGUUUUGCAGCCAAAUAUCUCUCCCUGCUGGACAGCAACAUUCGAAGAGAAAGUGCAAUUGGUAACAUUUUUGUAUUACAAAUGUAGCUGUGAGUUACACUUCUGCUAUGAAGGCUUAAGCUGCAUUUAUUGGUAAUAAAUGCAAAAUCAGUUUACACACUUUUGUUAAUGAAACUAGUGAUAUCAUCAGACUUACUUGAUUAUGUAUUUUGAGAAAUGAUAUUUUGUUUUGUUUGUUUUUUGGUUUUGCUUUAACAAAUACAAGUACUGUUGAUAGAUGCUUCUGUUUCUUGCACGCUGGUUAACUGCUUGACAUGUGUGUUUUGCUGCUGUUCAUUGUUCUUGUCUUGUUUGGCUGCUUUGUCUUACUAGUAUUGCACAUCAUUAGUUCUCAUAGUUUUAUUGGGAGGAUAAGAAAUUCUAUAUUUUUGUUACUGACAAAGAAUGUCACGGAAAGAUUGAAACCAACUAUUUCUUAUGAAUUCUGACUGCAUUGGUCUGAUGAGAUGUCACAUAACAUGCUGUGGCAGUUUUCAUAAAAUGCAAAAACAAUGAGAAUUUCAGUUGUUAUGAGGCAUCAUCUGUUGUCAUCCACUUUGACACACUACGUGGGAUAAAACAAUCAAUUGUCAAACCUGAUGCUUAUCUUAAGUCAUAAUGUCUUUCAGACAGACCUGUCAUCAGGUAUUUAUUUAAAAAGUUAAAUAACCUCCAAAAAUAGAUGUGCACUGUAGUUAUGGUAAUUUUCACAAACGUCACUCAAACUGGAGUAAAUAUGGCAUUUGAAAGUGAGUUUUCAGGCAGGCAGAUGGUGUACAUGGGAUCAACCAAAAUAGAACCACAAUGCCAAUAUUCAUGAGGAUGAAGGAAAGCCCAGUUAAACAGCAUGAAUCAUAAUUUGAGGAGAAGCUUUGGAUGCACAUAGACAGUAAUUGCUGGUAGAGUUCAUCGUUGGUCUUUUCAUGGGAUGUCUUGAUAAUAGAAAAAUAAAGACUAUCAACUGACAUAUCCUUUAACCUGUUGGUGGUCAUAAUAGAAAAUUGUAAACAGUUAUUUUGCGUUAAAUAGUUAGUGCAGUAUAUGGGAGUAUGUUUUCAUGAAUGUGUAUAACUGAGUGAAUGGAAAAUAUUGAAAACUGUUAGUACUCUUAAAACAUUGUUGAAAACCUUAUUACAUUCUGUUUGGUAUGUUGGAUUUGAUGCAAUAAAUAUUGAGGAUUUAGGAGUUUAUCAUGACUACAGCUCUAUCCUUGUCUUUUAAAAAGACAGCCAGAAGCAGAGCUGUUUAAAGUGCCAGAAUGUGAAAAUUACUUCACUAUAUCUGUGUAUCGCAAAAGAUUUUCUCUGAUUUGUAACAUGUCUGUGUUUUCCGCUAAAAAUUCCAGGAGCUAUAAAAGAAUAAGUGCUUUAAACAGUUUCAGAUCCUGCAUUCCAGCUGGACAAGAGCAACUUGUUCAUACUGGGUUACCUUAGCACACUGUGGGACUUCAUCAGCUGAAUGAGGAGCUUUACUUUGAGUGAUGCGUGCAGAUCGUGGCCUCAGAGACAAACACGCCUGCAGGCAGACACUGGCGGCAUGUUUGCUGACAGACCUCUGUGAAGACAGCGCUCAGGAUCUUAUACAGCCCUGCCAUAUCUACUAAAACACAGCAGAGCAGGAUGAAUAGAAUCCUUUUCUCACUGUCCUUGUUUAAAAGAGGCUCUCUCAGCUGCUGGUUAAGACUCCCUCUUGGCUUAGAAUUCAUCACAUCAUGGCUUACUUCACGUCCAUGGGAGAUAGUCUAAGUCAACACUCGUUUUAAUAGCACUAGGAUAUUUUAUCUGAGUGGGAGGAUUGAUUCAACCUGCCACAGAAUAUCUCUGCCGAGUCACUCAAACAUGUUUUUACUGAGGACAAAUGUGUUUUUCCAGCAAACACAAACAGCUUCAAACAGCAAAAGAACGACAGAAGAAGCCUGUGUGUGGAUCAUAUUCAUCGUGGUGUCGGUUGUGGUUCGCCUCAUUCAAAGAUAGUUUUCCUUUGAACAAAUCAUUGUCUCAAACAAGCUUUACAUAUGAUGAAGUGGUUUUGAAUGAUGUACUGGAAAACAGGCUCCAGACAAUGUAUACGCUGUUAAAUGCACAGAUGUUGGGUAUUUACAACAAGACCAAGCUCAGUCUCAGCUUAAGACAGCAGUGAACCGGGGAGAUUAAGCGCAAUUGAAAUGGUUUACAUUGGAAGUUGCCAAGGUGCUUCCCUGCCAGAGUAGAUUGUCUAUGUUAUUGAAAGUGUCUGGAAAAUCCCCCCUACUCCUAUUUAGCCAGCUCCAUUCCUGUCUGCCUAGGAACUUUGAAGGCAAUAUUUGCAGACAGCAACUGUUUGAGCAGAGGAUCUCUGCUCUGUGGAGUUAAAGUCUGGAUCUGCUGCACAGCCAUGCUAACAGCUAUACAAGGCUGCAGUAAGGCAGUGCUUUAAGAUAGAUGUUAACAUUACAAGGCAAACAUUAUCACAAUCUAACUGACAUGAGAAUUUUUAUUGAGAUAUAAUGUUUAAGAUAUUUACCAUUUUAGUUUGGCUUAAUUAAACAUUAUGUAAAUUUAGACACUAAAUGAACAGUGAAGGAUUAUUAACCCACUGGAGCCCAAAACCUGCCAGCAGGUUUAAAAGGCAUGUUUUUUUUUGUUGUAGUUGUUUUUGAAGUCAAAAUGACACCAUUGAACAAAGCAAAAAAACUGUGAAAACUGAAAAAUUUGUCAGAUUUUCAACUUUCUGUCAGUAAGUACAGCAUAUGCUUCUGUCAGGUAAAAUAACAACUCUAAUAUGAAAAUUGUGAUAUUUAGGCAAAAUUGCAUCAUUCAACAUGUCUCAUUUA